AACCCAAACCCAAAGACAAAAAAAAGAAAAAGAAAAAAUGAAGUCUGGAACCUUCUCUUUCCCCAUCAAAUUUGAUUUUUUUCCCGAACCAGCCCGUGCCCUGCGCCUCACGCCCUGCGCCCUGCGCCCUGCGCCCCGAACCCAGGUCCCCUGCACGCCCGAGCCUCACCCCUGCACCAGCCUGCGCCCUUGCUCCUUGCUCUGCGCCCGACGUGCCUCCUGCGCCCAGAUCCCGCGCAAUCAUCACUCCUGCACCUGCUGCUGCGCUGAGCUCAGAUCCUCUGCCUUGCACUCUGCUACAGCUGCACUUGAUCCUGCACUCCUGCUUCUGCCAAAAAAGCCGGAUCCUCUGCUGCACCAGAUCCCCUUGCCGCCUGCUGCGCCGAACCCACGUUGCUUGCACGCCUGCACUCUGUGCCAGCAUCAUGACCCUGCACCGAGCCUUGCUGCACCUCUGCUGCUCUGCCUCUGCACACUACAGCAGCUCCAGACAAAUUGGCAUUAUUAUUGAUUGACAGAGCAAGGCUUGUUUAUUAUUUUUAUCUUUAUUUUUAUCUUUUAUUCGGGUAUAUAUAUAGAGAAAAAUCAGAUUGAAAAGGGGGGUUCUCUUUUGGUUGGGGGGUUCUCUUUUGGUUGGGGAGUUCUCUUGGUUGUUCUUUUUGGUCUGAGUUUGGGAUUGCCGGAGGUGAUAGCAAGAAAAAGAAGAAAACUGAGCUGAUUCUGGCAAGAUUCCGGCAAUAUUUCAGCCUCCUUUCGCUAGGUAAUUCCUGAACAGAGGAGCCUUCUGGGAAUGAUGGUGAAGGAGAUGAUAGGAGCCUGGUCCCGUGGGUGGGAUCCCUCCCAUCUGAUCUGGAUCCAUCUUACCCAAAAGGCUCUGCCGUGGAUGUUUUUCUUAUUUUGGUUGAUGUUUCUGCAUCUUUUUGUUUAAUGUUCAAGCUUGUACAUGUUCCGUUUGAAAAUCAAUGAAAAUCAAAAAU